AUCCUGAAUCUUUCCAGUAUGGAAGAUGCACAGGGAUACGUCGAGGUCCAGGACCAGUUAAACUCCCUGCUUAGUGAUCUGUAUGAUUUCGGUGAUAAUUUUGUACACAGAGACAAGACAAAAACAAAGAGAGUUGCUGCUACUCAAAAACAUAAUUCCUUGAAAAAGCCAGAUGAUGGUGGAAAUGUCGGUGAACUUAAUGAAUGUCUUGCAUCAUCCAAAUCACACUCCAAAAGCAAGACAAAGAAUGCAUUAAUGUUUUUUAAAAGCAUUAAGGAUGAGCUACGUGAUAAGAUUGAUCUUACAGAUACACCAUCUGCGGAACCUAAUGGGGUCUCUUGUUCUGAGCAAGGGGAACCCAAUGUUGAAGUGGUGACUUUCAGUAGUUAUCGAAAAAAGAAAAAAGCCAAAGUAGAAAGUAAUGUUGAGCCACAGGAGGGUACUGAGACCAGCUUAGAGGAGAAAGAUGCAGAUGAAACCAAACACAUGUUUAACUUGGAAAAGGCACGCUUGGAAGUUCACAAGUUUGGAAUCACAGGAUACAAGAAGGAAAAACAAAGACUUUUUGAAAAAGAGAGAGCAAUUAUGUUGGGAGCUAAGCCACCAAAGAGAGAAUAUUUAAAUUACAAAGUCUACCAAGAAAAAAGAGCAGCAAGGAAGGAAGAUAGUAGAAUGGAAAAUAGUCUUGAGGCUUCAAGUAAAAAGCUGAAACGGGGACAUGGAGAGAGGAAAACAAAAAAGGUCAAAAACUCAGGAGGAAUUAUACCAACAGGACAUGUCGGAAAAUUUAAGAAUGGGGCAUUAUUCCUAAGUGUUAAAGACAUAAAGAUGAUUAAGCAAUCCAAAGUGAUUAAAUGAAGACCGAAUAAGAAAACAUUCUGCAUUUCAAGCGCCAAUAUCAAAAUUCUGUGAUUGUCACACAAUUAAGUUUGUAUGAUGCAAACCUGUGAAAGUUUGAUGGUGCUUUUAUAUGUGCCCUGUUCUUUUUCAAGAAAAAAAGGAUAGAAACGUAACAAAGUAACCCACAUUCCAAAGUAGAAAGCUGGAAGCACAAUGAGGUAGCCUUUUUAUCCACUUCUUUCCCGCUACCUGGAAUCUUUCAAGUUAAAGUUGGUUUUAUUAUAUUUUGAUUAAACAAUAUAUACUAUUUACAGAAUAAGAUC